CCUCCUACAUAUCAAAGUUUAACAACUUGCAAAGCUCUCAGCUGACGUUAUCUGUUCCCCCCCAAAAACAAGGCCAUCAGUCCAGGCAGAGGGAUCUGUGUGCUGCCAACCCCACAGUGCCCGCUCCCUGGUGCCACCUUCACCUUCACCCUGCAGGAGAGAGAGAGCCUCCAUCCUGAGCUGGGGGGCUGCACUGCUCCCCUCUUCUUCACACCUUCUCCCUCCCUGGCUUCUCCCUGCCAGCCUCUACCCAGGUGCCUUGUGCUCACCUACCGCUGAUGGCCGCCCUGCCUGGCACAAUCCCAAGAAUGAUGCGCCCGGCUCCAGGUCAGAACUACCCCCGCACAGGAUUCCCUCUGGAAGUGUCCACUCCUCUGGGUCAGGGUCGGGUGAACCAGCUCGGCGGAGUCUUCAUCAACGGCCGACCUCUGCCCAACCACAUCCGACACAAGAUCGUAGAGAUGGCCCACCAUGGCAUCCGACCGUGCGUCAUCUCCCGCCAGCUCAGGGUCUCCCAUGGCUGCGUCUCCAAAAUCCUCUGCCGGUACCAGGAGACCGGGUCCAUCCGGCCCGGGGCCAUCGGGGGCAGCAAGCCCAGGCAGGUGGCCACUCCCGACGUGGAGAAGAAGAUCGAGGAAUACAAGCGGGAGAACCCCGGGAUGUUCAGCUGGGAGAUCCGGGACCGGCUGCUGAAGGAUGGCCACUGCGACCGCAGCUCUGUUCCCUCAGGUUUAGUGAGCUCGAUUAGCCGGGUCCUGAGAAUAAAGUUCGGGAAGAAGGAGGAUGAUGAUGACUGUGAUAAGAAAGAAGAGGAUGGAGAGAAGAAGACCAAGCACAGCAUUGAUGGCAUCCUGGGCGACAAAGGGAAUCGUCUGGACGAGGGAUCCGAUGUGGAAUCUGAACCAGAUCUUCCACUGAAAAGAAAGCAGCGACGCAGUCGUACAACCUUUACGGCAGAGCAGCUAGAGGAGUUGGAGAAGGCUUUUGAGAGGACACAUUACCCAGAUAUCUACACCCGGGAGGAACUGGCACAGAGGACCAAGCUGACCGAGGCCAGAGUGCAGGUCUGGUUCAGUAACCGAAGAGCGCGGUGGCGUAAGCAGGCAGGAGCCAAUCAGCUUGCAGCAUUUAACCACUUGUUGCCAGGAGGGUUUCCUCCCACAGGGAUGCCAGGGCUGCCACCCUAUCAGCUUCCAGACACAUCGUACCCUGGGGCCAGCCUCUCUCAAGAUGUUGGGAGCACAGUCCACAGACCCCAGCCUCUUCCCCCCUCUUCCAUGCACCAAGGGGGUCUAUCCGGUGCCACCGCAGACACUGGCACAGGCUACGGAGCCAGGCACAGCUUCUCCUCUUACUCCGACAGCUUCAUGAACCCCGGCGGACCAAACAACCACAUGAAUCAGGUCAGCAACGGCCUCUCCCCCCAGGUUAUGAGCAUCCUAAGCAAUCCCAACGGAAUGCCCCAGAGCCAGUCGGAUUUUUCCAUCUCCCCUCUACACAGCGGUCUGGAGACCACAAAUUCGCUGUCGGCGAGCUGCAGCCAGCGCAGCGAUUCCAUCAAGUCCGUGGACAGCCUCCCCACGUCUCAGUCCUACUGCGCCCCGACCUACAGCACGACGGGAUACAGCAUGGACCCCGUGGCAAGCUACCAGUAUGGACAAUAUGGACAAUCUGCUGUCGAUUAUUUGGCUAAAAACGUCAGCCUGUCCACACAGCGCCGCAUGAAGCUCGGCGAACACUCGGCUGUCUUGGGCCUGUUACCUGUUGAGACCGGACAAGCGUACUGAAGAGUGGCGUGUCCCCCCGAUAGCGACCCGUUUUUGUUUGCCUCCCACUGAACAUGCGUGCCCAUUCACUGCUGUCAUCCUCUGGGACUCUUCAAUAAAGCCGAUCCUACGCACUCAACCUUGCCACGCUCACAGCCAGAGACGCGCUGGCACCUGAUCCUUGAAAGGCGCGGCGCCAUGGUUUGUUUUUUUUUGGUAGGUGCCAGCAUGCGCAGAAGAUUUAUCAAACCAUAUCAAGCCUCUUCACCAAGCCAAUGAAAACAGCAAGCAACGCCGAGUCGGGGGAUUGGUGGCGAAAUGGACAAAGCAAGGCCACAUUCCAAAUCUGCCGCCGUGCCAAACCGGAAGGUGGAACAUUUAAUGGCAGAUCUAGAAAAAUAAAAAGGCUUUGUUAUAUUUUAAUUUGAACUGAUAACCCGGAAACUCAUUCCAUACUUCAUGUUGUGUAACGUGCAACGUUCCCGUCAUCAGGAAUUGCGGAGCGAGGACUUGGCUAAACAAUGAUGACUCGGUGGAGUAUAUCCGAAACGGGUCCACGCCUAACUACCGGGACUAAGAAUGAUUUUCACAAACUUUAUUUUAAAGGACAAUUCUAAAAAAAGAAGUACGAAUUGGAAGGAAACCCAGAUCGGACUUAGCCAAGAUUAGAUAUUCAGAGAUGACGGACAAUAGAGGAGGCGCUCACUUUUUCUCCGUAAAAAGGGCUGAAAUGUCCCUAAUAGCUACUUGAAAUACUUAAACCUUGUGUAGGACUUGCCAUCUACAUGGAAUUCUUUUAAGAAACAUUGUAAAACAAAACGACUUAUUUCUCAAGU